AUGCAUAUCACCAAGACCCUCACCGCCGUUCUCUGCCUCGGCACUGGAGCUCUUUCCUAUAAGGUCCGCAUCUUCCCUGGCGCUAACUGCGGAGGAGGCGCCGCCCGCGACCUCAACAUCUUUGACAACACCUGCAGAAGCACGGACCUCUUCAGUUUCCGUUCUUUCCGCGUCCUAGGCUACGGAGCCGGGCGACAGAGGGCUAAAUUCUGGUCGGGGUCCAUCUGCUACGAAUCGGAUGCUUUUAUCCAGGAUUGGUGGGCCGACGGUGGCAGCGAUACUUUCAAGAUCGGCACGUGUAUCACUCUACCUAAGACGGCUAAGAGUCUUGGAUCCUAUUCGUCCUAA